AGUAUAAGUAAUAUCAAGCGAGUUCAUUCUAGCAGGUACCAUUUCACGAUUUCGACAAGCGUAUGAAUCCAACGAGGCCCGGCCAUUGCACGACUUCGAGAAGCGUAUAAAUUCGACGAAGCCCGGCCGAAUUCAUGCGAUUGUUCAUAUCAAUUUUGGCGAUUAUCCUUGCGGCACUCACACAAAUCGACAGCUUAAACCAGUACAUGCGUGGCAUUCUACGAGCAGCAAGCAACCUCAGCAGACCUAUUCGAAACAACAGCAGUCACUUCAAUACUAUGGCGAACUCGAAACAAUGGGUUGGAUACCCCGUCAUCCCUCCGGAAGACCCUUCUCUCAAUGCAGCCAAUCCUACACCACGAGGCAUUUCUCAAGUAUUCGAAGCUCGCGAACAGGCGGAAGGUGCUGGCGCAACAGUACGGCGGAGCAUUGGUACCCCGAAGUUGCGGAAUUUCACUCCAUUCUUGAUGCUUGACCAUUUCAAGGUCGAUGUUGGCGCAGGCUUUCCCGAUCAUCCACAUAGAGGGCAAGAGACCAUUACCUAUUUGUUGGAAGGAGGCGUAGACCACGAAGACUUCACGGGGAAGAAGGGGACGUUGUUUCCUGGUGAUUUACAGUUUAUGACCGCCGGAAGAGGUGUCGUACAUGCAGAGAUGCCCCACGACAAUGGCAGUGGCAACGCACAAAGUUCAGUCGGACUCCAGCUCUGGGUCGUGAUCUAAAGGCUUCGAAUACAAAUCAGCAACGGACAAAGUUCAAAAAUAGGACAAAAAAAAGAGAUCUCUCGAGGCUGCUAUUGGGAGUUCGAACGACUUACCCGGGGGAUUUUCCGUUAGCUAUCUGUGCGCCUCAUUUGCUGCCCGUUUUGCUGCCCGUUU